AUGUCUGAUGAAGAGGGCGCCCAGAUAGUCCUGGAUUAUCUCGCCGGCAGUGCCCGAGCUGAGGUACGUCUCUGCCCCCCUUUGGUGAGAAGUACCCCCACACGCAUCAUAGAGCACAUUAUGCUGACAUAUGCAUGCCAAGAGACGCCGUCCACACGGUGGGAGGAGUUCUAUGGCAGACGUCAGCAUAGAGGGGAGAGCAUCCAAGAAUUCUCCCUCAAUCUCCUGAAGUUACUCCGUAAGGUGGAGACCGCCACUUCAGAGGACAGCCCCCUACUGGAGAACAAAAACGCCAUCUUGAUAGAGAGAUUUUCGUCAGGGUUGGCAGAUGCGUCUCUACGGCGUGAGGUGAGACGGUACACGCAAGAGAAGGAGGGCAUAGAAUUUGCCGACCUCCGAAACACUGUUCUGUCGUGGGAGAGCACCCCACCACCACCUGUUGCAGAGGCCCGCGCAACUAGGGCGAAGACGGACGAGGUAGACAGCAGCCUCCAGAAGCAGCUGAACCAUCAGGCGACUCAGCUGAAGGCCACCCAGGAUGCCUUGAGCCAACUUUGUGGACAGGUGUCCUUACUCCUGUCAAACCAGAAGACCCCCAGCCCCAUGAACCCACACCUGAAGGUGCUGCAGGUGCUGAUCUACAACCUACAAGUACUCCACGUAUCGGUUGAAGGUACUGAUCUGGAAGUCACUGAAAUAGUUGAUAUGCUGAGUGAAGGAUUAUACGGUGUGGAUGGUACCCAAUCAGAUGGUGCUUGUCGAAUGGUAAAUGAUGAGCAUGUAAGAAAGUCAAAUACCCAGAUGAAGGUAAUGUCUGUUGAUGGAACACCGUGUCUGUGCCUGUUCGCUCGGUGCAUCAUUCCAAAGGGGGAGGAGCUUCGAUAUGAUUAUGGAGAUGAUAAUGUUCCAUGGAGAAAAAAGGUAAGGCAAUAUAUAGUUUUCAAAUGUUCCUUAUUAUUAAAGGUUUCGAGAUGGGCAGAAAAACUACAAGAUUUAAAAAGUAUGGACGACUCCAAGAAACAAAAAUUUGGCAUGAUUGUAUUCAGCAAAUCGCUGAGUAUUGCUGAGGGAAGCAACGGCUCACAGGUCUACCUGGGAGCUUUCAACAACUGUCCCAUUGCAGUCAAGUGUGUUAAUACUGAAAUGGUAGGAGAAGAAGUCUCAAUAUUUAAAGAGCUUCAAGGAAAAAACCUCAAUCAUGUUUUGAAGACAAUGUGUAUUGAGGAAGAUGACGACUUCACUUUCUUUGCAACUGAGCUGUGUGAGUACAACAUGCAAGACAUCAUCGAAGGCAGAGUUUCUGCAAUUGACCUGUCAGAUAGUAACUGAAAAGAUCUGUGCCUUGGUUUCCUGAAAGGUCUGCAGGAAUUACACCAACAUGGUUUUGUCCACAGAGACAUAAAGCCUGCAAAUGUGUUGCUUGAUAAAACAGGUGCUGUAAAGAUCGGGGACUUUGGAGUGUCUAGAUUGAUCUUGGGGAAAACCACUCUAUUAACCAACGCAAUCGGGACUUUCUGCUGGAUGUCAGUAGAUAGUCUUCAAGGAGAUAUGGUCAGAUACAAGAAAUCUUCAGAUGUACAGAUGGCUGGCUGUCUCAUCUUUUAUGUUUUGUCUGAUGACCACAUUCCGCACGAAACAACAUCCACUUAUACAAAUGAGCCAGAGGGUGUUGUGCGAAACAUGAAAGCGGGGAUAUUUCAGUUAUCUCAUCUUGGGAGAUUUUCAUCACUGCAGCCCUUAAUAGAGAGGAUGGUCAGCCCAGCUGCACAAUCAAGGCCCCCCAUCAUUGACAUUUUUCAAGGUAAUAUUUGA